AGAGUCCAGAAUAUUCCUAGAGGACAGAGAAUAUCGAGAAUACGAGGAACCCAAGGGGCUCGAGCGCAAAGCGGCAGAGGGGUCCCGUUUGGGAAUCGGGACUUUGCUACGGCGCGGUGUACGCGACAACAUAAAGGGCAAGAUUGCGCAGUGCGGCCUCCAUCCUCUGUUCUUCACUUUUUCCAUCUGAGCCGUCCGAGCCCUCCGAAUUUCCCCGGCCAGAAUGGGCGAAUCCAGCGCGCUUCAGUCCAUCCUCUACGGCCGCGGCGCGCUUCGCCUCCUCGAUCAGAGGAAGCUGCCCCUCGAGGAGGUCUACAUCGAUGUCAAGGACUCCGCGGAUGGAUGGAAUGCGAUCAGAGACAUGGUUGUCCGUGGUGCUCCUGCCAUAGCCAUAGCGGCAGCACUGUCAUUGGCUGUGGAAGUUAAUGAUCACGAUUUCACUGGUACACCUGUGGAAGCAGCCUCAUUCGUUUCCAAGAAGUUGGAAUACCUUGUAUCCAGCCGGCCCACAGCAGUGAACCUGUCUGAUGCUGCUACAAAGCUUCAGAACUUAGUGUCAAGAACAGCUGAAACAGCAAAAGAUGCCAAAUCUAUCUUUCAGGUCUUUAUUGAAGCUGCAGAAGCUAUGCUAGUUGAUGAUGUGGCCGAUAAUAAGGCAAUUGGCUCGCAUGGAGCUGAAUUCCUUCAACGGCAGCUUGGAAGUUCGAGAAACAUCUCUGUUCUAACCCAUUGUAAUACUGGCAGCCUUGCAACCGCUGGUUACGGAACUGCCCUAGGGGUCAUUCGUGCUCUUCACUCUGGAGGAGUUUUGGAGAAGGCCUUCUGCACUGAAACUCGUCCAUUUAACCAGGGUUCCAGGCUUACAGCUUUCGAGUUAGUUCAUGACAAAAUACCUGCGACGCUGAUAGCAGACUCUGCUGCAGCUGCACUUAUGAAUAAUGGACAAGUUCAAGCUGUAAUUGUGGGUGCUGAUCGUAUAGCUGCAAAUGGUGACACAGCCAACAAGAUUGGCACAUACAACCUCUCGAUUUCUGCAAAGCAUCACGGCAUGCAGUUUUACGUGGCCGCACCAGUAACUUCGAUUGAUCUCUCCCUCCCGUCUGGGAAGCAAAUCGUCAUAGAAGAAAGAUCUCCAAAGGAAUUGUUGAACUCUGAAGGUGGUCUAGGAAAGCAAGUUGCCGCGUCAGGUAUAUCAGUCUGGAACCCCGCCUUCGACGUUACUCCAGCAAAUCUAAUUACUGCAAUCAUUACAGAAAAGGGUGUGAUCACAAAGUCUGAUCCUAAUGGAAGUUUCGACAUCAAAGGUUUCAUCGAAUGUGCCAAGUGAUGCUCUCCAGUGAGCAUAGGUUGGCAUGAAUGCGGUGGAACAUCCUUCUCACACAAUUGAUGAUAGGAUGCCCAUGUUGUACUCCCAGCAAUAAGAUCUUUCGAAGUGAGAGAAAAAUAAAGUCGCGUACGAGAUGUAUUGUGAGGAUGAGUGUUUGUUAUCCAAAAAGUAUAUUUAUAAAAAGAUGCAUCUUUUGCUAAA